AUGUGGCGCAUCCUUCUUUGCCGACCCAGGGCUGGGAGGUCUGAACCAACCAGACACAGUGAAACAGCUGCAGGAAAGAAACUCCCCCAAGAACAGCAGCAGCAGCAGAAUUGUCCUGCCCUUAAGGGCCUUGCCAAAUUCAAGAAAAGGAAGAAAACUCCCAAGGGAGGUGACCCCAAGGCAAACACCCCUGGGGAUGGUCCUUCAACGGAGGAUACAGCCCAAGACCGUGCUGACCCUGAGCCUCCGGUGCCUUUGCACGCAGUCGGAGCAGCCAGCGUCAGGAGCUUCCCAAGUCCCGAAAACACCGGGGAUCUGCAGAGGCGCUACCAACACCUGGUGCUGGCCCUGGUCUCCAGCAAAUUAAAAAACCAGCAGCUCUGCACUGAGAUCCAACACCUGCAGCAAGAACAAGCCAAAGAGAACGGGAAGAGGGCCCAUGCGCAAGAUGCGCUGCAAACGCAGCUUGUGGAAGUCCACAAGCGGUGGAUCCAGAGGUUGCGUUCCGAAAAAUGCACCUUGCAAUCUGCCCUGGCCCACAUGCAGCAGGUGGCCAAGGAAAGCCACACGGAGCGUGAAGGUCUCAGCAGCCGCCUGCACGCUGCACAGCAGCACAUUGGAGAGCUCGAGGUCGCACUGGCCGCAGUCACCACCCAGCAGCUUGACGCCGAGAAGCAAAACCUACAGCUCACCCAAGACCUCCGUCACGUCACGCUUCAGCUGCAGGCAAAGAGCAGGAGCUGUGAGGAUGCGCAAGCCAUGACCACCGAUCUGCAGAAGCAGCGGGAAGUGCUCUGGGCCCAGAAGCUCCACAUGCAGACCCGAAUUCACAAGCUCCAACGAGCCCUGGAGGAGCGGGCAGUGCUGAGAAGGCAGGGAGCCAACCUGCGAGGCCUCGUGAAGACACUGCAGGCGGAAAGAGACCAGAUUGCGCAGGACCUGAGGAGGGAGAGGGCCGUGUGGGAGGAGAUGGCCCAGCAGCAAGCCGAGGAGCUGAACCAACUGAGAGAGGAGCGAGAACAGGCGCUGAACCAACUGAGAGAGGAGAGAGAGGAGUGGGAGUGGCAGGUGCUGGAACUCCAGGCCAACCAGGAGGAACUGACAGAGCAACUGGCAGCGCUGCAGGCCCCUGCGGGACCACGCCAGGCUGCGCACCAGCUGCAGGCCCAAGCAUCCCAGAUGCAGGAGGAGUUGAAGAACCUGGAGCAACCACUGCACGGCCAGGAGCAGGCAAACCAGAGCCCCCGUCUCCAGAACCUGGAGCAGCAGGAGCAGCUGUGCAGACUGGAGAAGAAGGGCGAGGAGCGGCCCAAGAUGGAUGAGCCCCCGACUUGCACACCUGGGCACGAUGAAGAGCUCAAAGCUCAGCUGGCGCAGCUGCAGGAUCUCAGAGCCACCUGCGAUCGGCACACAGCCGCCAAUCAGCAGCUGAGCUCAGAGAAGGAGGCGCUGCAGCAGCAGGUGCUGAGGCAGACCCAGCUGGGUCUGGAGCAGCUGAGCCAGGAGCCAGUAGACAGCAAGUUGCUGGCCCAGAUGGAAAGGGAAGAGUCGCAGGGCACUCGGAAGCGCCCAGAAGCAACCGGGCAAAGGAAGGAGCAACCGCAGGCCCAGCAUGGCUCCCCUGGUUUCCCUGGAGAAGGGGAAGGAGUGAGCACCGGGAAAGAAAACGGGGAGGAGGCAAGCCCACUCCACAUGAGUGUCCCCGAGGAUGGAGAGAACCCUCAGGUCCUGAGGGAGCUGCACCGCCAAGCACUCUCAGCUGCGGAACCUACAAAGACAAAACUCAGCCAGCAGCCGCAGGAGCAGCGGAGCCAUGGCCUGUGUGCGAAGAGGAGGCAGGACACACAGGUGCCCAAGAGGAAGCUGCAAAUCUGCGUCAUCCCCGACCUGCCUGACAGGGCGGAUUCCCAGAAUCAAGCGGGAGACCUGCAGGGUCCAUGCAGCCGGCUGACACAGCACAUCACAGCCAUGCAAGAGGCCAUCGCUGCCUGGGAAGACCAAAUGGAAACCCUGGCUCAGCUGCAUCGGGAGAAAGAGGAACAUGUCCACCAGCUCUGCGAGGAGAAGGAGAAGGAGGAGGAGGCGCUGCGGGAGCUGCUGCUGCGCCUGGCAGGUGAAGGCCUGGACUCAUCAACCUAG